AUGGAGCAAAGAUUCUGGGAAGAAGCUGUCAACAUACUGCUUCUUUCUCUGUUAGACAACAGGAAAAUCAAAGUCAAUGGCACCAGGGAACCUAUUGAGUUUAAGACAAAUCAGUGGUUUGGGGCAACAGUCAAAGCUCAUAAAGAAAAAGUUGUGGCUUGUGCUCCCUUAUAUCACUGGAGGACCCUUAAAGAUAGCCCUGAGAAGGACCCUGUUGGCACCUGCUAUGUUGCAAUUCAGAACUUCAGUGCCUAUGCUGAAUACUCACCUUGUCGCAACAGCAAUGCGGAUCCUGAAGGACAAGGCUUUUGUCAAGCAGGUUUCAGUUUAGAUUUUUACAAGAAUGGAGACCUGAUAGUGGGCGGGCCUGGUAGUUUUUAUUGGCAAGGUCAGGUAAUCACUGCAAGUAUUGCGGAUAUCAUUGCAAAUUACUCCUUCAAGGAUAUUCUAAGGAAGCUGGCACGAGAGAAGCAAACAGGAGUGGCACAACCCACAUAUGAUGACAAUUACAUGGGAUACUCAGUGGCUGCUGGGGAAUUUACUGGAGAUUCUGAACAAGAGCUGGUUGCUGGAGUCCCAAGGGGAGCACAGAACUUUGGCUAUGUCUCAAUUAUUAAUUCUUCAGACCUGACCUUUAUCCAGAACUUCACUGGUGAACAGAUGGCUUCUUAUUUUGGGUACACUGUUGCAGUAUCUGAUGUUAACAAUGACGGUUUAGAUGAUAUCUUAGUUGGGGCCCCUCUCUUCAUGGAAAGAGAAUUUGAGAGCAAGCCUAAAGAAGUUGGGCAAGUUUAUCUAUAUCUUCAAGAAAGUGCUUUCCUCUUCCGGGAUGCACAAAUUCUGACAGGCACUGAAGUGUUUGGGAGAUUUGGCAGUGCGAUCACACACCUUGGAGAUCUCAAUCAGGAUGGAUAUAAUGACAUUGCUAUUGGUGCACCAUUUGCAGGAGAAGACAGAAGAGGUAAAGUGCUCAUUUACAAUGGAUUCAGUGAUGGGUUAAAUACUAACCCUUCCCAGGUUCUCAAUGGAGCCUGGGCCUCACAGUCCAUGCCUUCGGGAUUUGGCUUCACUCUAAGAGGAGACUCAGAUGUAGACAAGAAUGAUUACCCAGAUUUAAUUGUAGGUGCAUUUGGAGCUGGAAAAGCAGUUGUUUACAGAGCCAGGCCUGUUGUGACAGUGAAUGCGCUACUGAUUCUGAACCCCAUGAUUGUGAAUCCAGACAAUAAAACUUGUCAGCUCCCUGGCUCUCAGCUUUUGGUGGCCUGUUUCACUGUAAGAGUCUGUGCAACUUUUGAAGGUCAAAGUAUUUCAGAUGAGAUAGUGCUGAAAGGUGAACUGCAGUUAGAUUCAUUGAAACAGAAAGGAGCUGUUAAGAGGACCCUCUUCUUUGAUUACCAUCAGUCAUAUCAUUACUUCUCCAUUGUGAUGGAAAGACAGAAACAGCUCCAUUGCCAGGACUUUCUUGUUUAUCUCAGAGAUGAAACAGAAUUCAGAGAUAAAUUAUCUCCCAUCAAUAUGAACUUGAAUUAUAGCUUGGAUGAAUCCAGUUUUGAAGAUGACUUGGUUAUAAAGCCAAUACUCAACUAUUACCAGAAAAGCACAGUUACAGAACAGGCUUUCAUUCUGGUAGACUGUGGAGAGGACAACUUGUGCAUUCCUGACUUGCAGCUUUCUGCUAUGCCAGAUAAAGAUCAGCUCAUAAUUGGAGAAGAAAACUGUGUCAUGCUCAUAAUAAAUCCAAGGAAUGAUGGGGAAGGAGCCUAUGAAGCUGAGCUACAUAUAAAGAUCCCUCCUGAAGCAGAUUACACUGGGGUUGAACGCAAUAACAAGGCGCUGCGUGUAUUGAGCUGUGAUUACAAGAUGGAAAAUGAAACUAGAAUGGUGGUUUGUGAUCUUGGGAACCCCAUGGUGGCUGGAGCAAACUUCUCUACAGGCAUCCGAUUUUCUGUUCAGCAUUUUGAAAAUGCCGAUUUCAACAUCAGUUUUGAGCUUCAAAUAAAAAGUUCUAACAAGAUUAAUCCCACCAGCAAUUUAGUUAACCUCCAUAUCAACGUCAGUGCUAUGGCUCAAGUACAGAUCAGAGGGGUGUCUCACCCUCCACAAAUUAUUUUGCCACUUCACAACUGGGAACCCAAAGAUGAACCUACAAAAGAAGAAGAAAUUGGUCCUUUAGUAGAACACAUCUAUGAGCUGCACAAUAUAGGACCAAGUGCUAUCAACAGUACAGUUCUCCAUGUUGGCUGGCCUGUGUCCAGUAGAGAAGAAUUUCUUCUUUACGUUCUUCAUAUUCAGACACAUGGACCAUUGCACUGUCAGACAAGCUCUCCUAUUAAUAUAAUGCAAAUAAAGUUUGCUGUUCCACAAGACACUCCAGAACUAGCUGCUUUUUUACAUAAUUCCACAAUUCCCCAUUACAUCAGGAGAAGGGAGGUCACGUUGGCAGAACCUCAGAGGAAAAGCUCCGCAAAAAUACUGAACUGUACAAAUGUGAAGUGUAUCCUAAUUUCCUGCACUGUGGGACAACUGGAGAGAGGGAAGAGUGCAGCGUUAAAAAUCAGGUCGCGGCUAUGGGCCGAAACUUUCCUGCAGAGAAAAAAUGAUCACUAUACUCUUUUUUCCAAUGUGUCCUUUGAAGUUAAGAAGAUGCCAUAUAAAGUGCAGCCAGCAAAGCUCCCUGAGGGAAGCAUAGCAAUCAGAACAUCUGUCAUUUGGUCUACUCCAAAUGUCUCUUUUGUAAUCCCUUUAUGGGUUAUCAUACUAGCAAUACUUCUUGGACUGCUGGUACUAGCUAUGUUGACCUUAGCUUUAUGGAAGUGCGGCUUCUUUGACAGAGCUAGACCUCCUCAAGAUGACAUGGCUGACAGAGAACAGCUGACAAAUAACAAGACUACUGAUGCAUAGAGGAAGACUGACAGUUCAGGUCAGAAUCCUGCCUGAGACUAGAAACAAGAUAAAGACGAAAUGAAGGUUUCCUUAUACCGGGCUUCCUUUGUACUUGCAAGUGAAAUGAUGUUGUAAUCUGAUCUAUGCAACAUUCUGAGAAUAUGCCACGUGAUGGCCAUCCUUGCCAAAGAAAGCAGCUUUAUCACUGCCCUAAGAACAUACUCACCACUGAGCAGAAUGUUUUUACCAUAUUCCAGACGUUCUCCAUUUUAACAGAUGCUUUUGAACAUAUGUGGUAUACUGAGAUGCUUCCCGAACAAGCCCAAGUCUUACAAGGAGAGAAUGCCUACGUUGCUGUGUUGUCUAGAAGAUGGACUAGGACAAAACUUUCGAACACUACUGUAUCAUGCAGAAUACCUUUGACACCUCCCUAAGGAUAAGAACUUUUAUGAAAUUAUGGCUCAGGGAGACAAGCAAUAUAUCAGUACUGUUAAAGUACUUCUGAAAAACAAAGGUAGUCUAUAAAGAACUUUCUAAAUGGGGCACAAUUAUUUAUUUUUUCACCUUUUCAGGAUAAGUAUCUGAUGUAAUCAACUUAGAGUCUGAGAGAAGGAAGUCAUAAAAUAGAAAUCAUGUACUUACCUUGCAUGUAAAUAGAAAAAUGAAUAGAAAAAUGAACCCAUUGUACCCACUGAGCACAUUUUUCUGGGCCACAAGGUGUUUUGCAAAGCAGAGGAUUUAUACAACAUUUGACAAGAUAAUGCAUAACAAGUCCUUAUUGUAUCUCUUUCAACCCAGAGCUGGCAGCCUCACACCCAGUUAUAUAAAUCCAUGCUCAGUAUAAAACUGUGGAUAAGUCACCUCUCAUCCCAUUGCUGGUGGCUGCCACCUAGACAGCUGAAACAGGAUACAGUCGUUUGUGAAACCCUGAUGCAAACUGUCACAGACCCAGUGGUGAUAUUGAGAGAACUUGGAGGUCUUGGGCUAGGGUGAAUUUCCUUCCCUGUUGCCCAGGAAUUUACUUUGUUGAAACAUCCUCUUGAAAUGGCUACUGCAUCUUGUGUUGAAUUUGUGUCAUCGAUCCUAACACUUUGUUGAUCUAAAGAAAUCUCUACCUUGUUCUCUUUUUAUAGACUACAGACUGCCAGUGUAUUUAAAGCGUUGAAGAGAUUUCGGCAAAGUUUAGGGCUGAAUAUAAUUAUUUCUCAUAGCACAGUCCGUAGCAAAAGGAAGGUGUGCAGAAUUUGUAUAUGUGCAGAAAGUGGGAUACUAGCCAGCAAAGCGUUAACCCACAGAAGGAAAGAUAUUUUGAGGUAAAGAAUAAAAAUAUAUAUGCUUCAAUUUUCUUUUUUUUCUGGAUUGAGGAUUUUGAAGAAGAGAGGCUUCAUUCUUUCUUUUCUAUCGGCAAAUGGCCCAUACGUAAGCUCAAGCUUUAAGCUCUGGAUUUAUGCAAACUUGUCUGCCUGAAAGCCUGAGUUUUCUGGUAUGAAAUUUGCUAUAUUGUAUAAAUUUCAGGAGACAUUGCUCAUUUUCUGAAAAAUACACCACGUUUUCCUUCUGCUGGGCUGCCAAUACAUCUCAGCUUCUUAAUUAGCAAGCGGCCUCAUCCAUUCUGCUGCCUCUUGGCUCUUUUUAAAUAACUGGCUUUCUGCUUCCUAAGACUUCAGGACAGGGGUAGCCAUGUGACAUGGUUACUUCUGUCAAUCUAACAGGAUAUUUUGCAGUCUUACCAUUGCUAGCUCCCAGGCUGACCUGUGAAGUCUAAGAGAGAGCUAAGAAACCUGAGCAGGUGUGUUCCAUCUUCACCUCUAAGGGAAAUUUGCAGGAAGACCGUUAUAGAGUCUUUAGCGUAUUGGCUGCAGUGCGCCUGUGAGACUUACUGAGAGGAGGAGAUACGUCUCUCAGAAAAGAGAAGUGCAGCACACCCGUUUUCUGAGGAUAGGGAGGCCUGACCACUUGCUGGUCCCCCAGAAAACUGUUGACAACAGCCUUUCCCAAAAUGGGUUUGACCUGACCCCUUGUCAAUUAGAGAGAUCAGCUGACAAAUACCAGCACAAAGCAAGCCCCUGUCACAUUUGCACACCUCUGUAUCCCAUAUCUUCUAGGCAAAAUCAUCCUCGCAUGACAAAGACAAUGAGCUUUUAGCUUUUGUAAAUAUUGAAUUGUUGUGUGUAGCAGCUUCUGAAGGAAGAUCAGCUAGCUCAAUAAAUUCACAUCAUCUAUAUAACUCCUAUUCUAGUGAAAUAGCAACAUAAGGAGAUACUGAACAUAUGACUUUUGUAUGUGCAAUACUUUACAUAUUACUUAUAUAUCUGAAGCAUGUUUACACUGGCAUUUGUUUUUGUUUUUAAACUUUUGAAUAUACUGAUUGAUGAUUACAAUAAAGAAAAAAGAAUAGGAAAAAAACAAACACAGCUCUGUUUAGUGUG